UUCGCAUAGAAAGGGGACUACCUGGCCCAUCUGGAACGGAUCCGUGCGGAUGUUACCAAGGGGCAUUAAUUAGUGAUUGGGUUGGUCCCCCUAUAAAAAGGAGACGCACCCACUGCUCUGCUCCGACUCCAUACAAGCCAAGAUGAGCUACGGAUCUGAAGUCUUUUCCUCCUCCUCCUACCGGAGGAUUUUCGGCGAUUCUCCCCGUUAUGCGUCCUCUCCAUCGCGGGUGCCGAUAAACGUGUCGUCACGGGGAGGAUACCGGUCCUCCUCUCUAUCCCGGGGCAACAUUUCCUCCCUGGGCUCGUACAGCAGAAAGUCCGGCCGCUCCUUCUCGCCUAUGCCACUGGAGACCUUCGACCUGACACAGAGCAGCGUCCUCAACAAUGAGUUCAAAAUCAUCCGCACCAACGAGAAGGAACAAAUGCAGGGUCUCAAUGACCGCUUUGCAAUGUUCAUCGAGAAAGUGCGCAACUUGGAGCAGCACAACAAAGUGCUGGAGACGGAGUUGAUCGCUCUGCGCCAGAGGCAGACCGAGCCGUCCCGCCUGGCUGAGCUGUACCAACAAGAAAUCCGCGAACUGCGCUCCCAGCUCGAGGAACUGAACGGGGAGAAGUCCCAGCUGCUGAUCGAGAGGGACAAUAUUGAAGACGACCUGCAGAAAGUCAGGGGAAAAUACGAAGAGGAGUUCCGCGGCCGGGAGGAGGCGGAGGCCACCCUGAAGGCUUUUAAGAAAGAUGUGGAUGAUGCCACCAUGGUGCGCCUGGACCUGGAGAAGAAGGUGGAAUCUCUCCUGGAUGAGAUCAACUUCCUCAGGAAGGUGCACGAAGAGGAGGUGACCGAGCUGACGGACAUGAUCCAGGCUGCCCAGGUGUCUGUGGAGAUGGAGGUGUCCAAGCCGGAUCUCACCUCCGCCCUGAAAGAGAUCCGCGGCCAGUACGAGUCCAUGGCGUCCAAGAACCUCCAGUCCGCCGAGGAGUGGUACAAGACCAAGUUUGCGGACCUGUCCGAGCAGGCUAACCGGAGUAACGAGGCCAUCCGCGCCAGUAGGGAAGAAGUGAACGAGUUCAGGAGGCAGCUGCAGUCCAAGACCAUCGAGAUAGAGAGUCUGAGGGGAACCAACGAGUCUCUGGAAAAGCAGCUCCGGGAGAUGGAGGAUAGGCACAAUUUGGAGAUUGGAAACUAUCAGGACAAUAUGGCAGAGCUGGAGAAUGACCUGAGGACCACUAAGAGCGAGAUGGCUCGUCACCUGAGGGAGUACCAGGAUCUGCUCAAUGUCAAGAUGGCACUGGAUAUUGAAAUUGCAGCUUACAGGAAACUCCUGGAAGGGGAGGAGACCCGCAUCGGGACAGGCAUCACCUAUCCAAGCGCUGGUAUGGGGCAAGGCUACAACUACCAGACCCGCAUUUACUCCACCUCUGGCAAGAGCUCCAAGAAGGAGGGCAAGGAGGAGGAUCAGCAGCAGCAGCAGCAGCAGCAGCAGCAGCAGCAGCAGCAGAACAAAUCUGGAGGCAAGGUGUCCCAGCGUGAGGUUUAUGAGGAGACAGUGGUCACCACUAAGAAGAUGGAGAAGCAGCAAGACUCCAGCGAUAUUCCCACCAAUCAGAAAAACUAAGAGCCUCCUGUAAGCCUGUUCUUGAUCCCUAAAGCCUCCCUUUGUCCUCCAAAUCCUCUCCUCUCUCCCAUCCUAAAACAAACCUUGAGCCUAACACUUGAAGCACUUGUGGGGAUCUACGAUGAUAGCCCUGCUUUGCCUUGUUUUCAUAAGCAUAGUGAGAUUGCCAAGGUUUCUAACAUCUGAAAUAGAGUGCAGUGUUGAUAGGUUUGUUUUAUGUUGGUUGAUUCUUCCUUGUACCUUUUGUGCCCCCCACGUGUGUUCCCCAAAGGAAAUCCAGUAUAGCUCUACUGUAACCAUCACUCUAUACGAAACCACGGUACACCCGUUCUCUCUUGUUCUCUUUCAGAAACUCAACAUCAAACAAUAACAAGCACUUAGGUAGCAGCAACAACAUGUAAUACCAACACACAGUAGACGAUAACUCUGGUCAUGCACUACUAUCACAAGCUGUGAGAUACUCUCAACACAUUCCAGAUGAAGCAUGUGUGUGUGGGUGUUACUCUGUGCACUUAAAGGACAAAAGAUUCAAAAUACAUCCGCUGGUAUUGGUUACUCUCGCUACAUCCGCUUAUACAAAACAAAUAAAAUCUCCUUACAUGAUGUCGACAGUUAAGUGAGAAAAGCACACAGUCUACAAUUAUAAGUAACCAGCCAAAAGAAACAAUGAUAUAUGAUGAUGUUUUCCUGAGCCAUUAUUUUUGGUCUCCUCAGUAAAAACGGAGUUUCCAAACAAAGUGUCUGCUUAAAUCUCUUCUUGCACAAUAUUUCUGAUCACACUCAGUGCAUCAGGGGUUUGACUGUGACUCAGUCAGCUCUGCAUGACAACAGCAUAGAAGAGGAUGAAAAUCCUCAGGCGAGCACUGACCCUUUUAAACUUCACGGUGAAGUUUAAUUAUCGAAAGUGGAUUACUGUAGCUUUUUAAAAGAGAUGAAGACUUGAAGCAAACAUGAAAACUAAUGUAUUAAUCGAGCAUAAUUUGCAUGAUGUAUGUACAUGUCAUGCUUGCAUGGAAUCCAUCAGCCCAUCGUUCAAAGUUCAAAGGUUGGCCAGUGCCUUCCUUUUCACCAUUGACCAUGUUGCGCAUCAUCAUGCACACUCAUUAAUAACUGUACUAGACGUUUGUUGGUUAGGCUGUAGGCCAGAUUUGAGACUACUGUUAUAAAUCUUAGGACUGAGAUGGGCUACAAAUCUCUGCUGUCGCUGCUGUGAAGAUAAGGAGGAAAACUCCUCUUUAAGGCACUCAAAUAGGAAUGUAAAAUACCUAAUUCAAUAAUGAUGAACAGUUGGCACAACGUGCUGUGAAGGAUACAAGGGAAAAGGGAAGUUUAAUAAAAAAUGCUGUAAAGGAGGCAAAAUGCAGCUAAUAUGACAAGAAAGAACAAGAGUUUUUCUCUCGAUGCAGUCCAGUCAGUCGGAGACUGAAUUGUAAAUUAUGCUUUAGCUCAAAUGCACAAGAUUCUGUAUGAUCCAUCUGGGUGCAAUGAAUUGUAUGCAUAUUAUCACCACUUUCCAUGUGCCAUUUAUGAUGCUCGAAGCACAUUUAAGACCCAGGAUCCAUACCGUAUCACUCAGCCUGAAGAAAACCAAGUCAACAAAGCUCAAAAUACAUCACAAGUUCAGUCAGAACCCACCAGACCACGAUGUGUUUGAAGCAUCUUGGCCUCUCUCUUCUUAACCGUGGCCAUGACUGGAUAAAACGUCUGUUGUAGUACGACCUCACCAGUAGAAAUCCUUCAGUAUGUAAGACUUGUAGCUUGUUUUUCUGCCUGUGCACUGCCAACUCUAACACAGCUAUCUUAUUCUCUUGCUGUUAGUCAUGGCGAGCCAUACCCUGACAAACUGCACUCACAUUAAGAAUGAAAAAAGAAAACUACUGAUUGUGUGGCAGACUGUUCUGGAUUGGGUUCCUGUUGUUUUACCUGAGGCUUGUGAUAAGUAUCUUAGUACUGUAGUACAUGUGUUUGUAUCUCUUAACAGUGGCCUAUAAUAACUGGAAUGUUUUUGGGGGGGCAUCAAAUCUGAAAGUUGUUUUAUGAAUACUGAAUUCCCGUGUCAAGCAGAAUAAAAAUCUCAGAAGUACAAGAACUUAUAAAUAAAAGCAGCAUUUUGUAGUAAACAGCUAUAACAAUGGAUGAAUGGUUUAUGGUUGCAAAUGUCAAGCCUUUAUCUUUCCACUGUAAACCAAAAGAAUUUUCAUGGGUGUCUGAAGAAAAACGUCACUCCUACUUCUACAGCACUGCCAAACUUUUCUAAGCGCGCAUGCAGCAUCACUUCAUGCAAAAGCAAGCAUUACAGUACAGAAAAUAUGGUGCAGUAUGCCACCAAUCCAAAACCAAGAGGCAAGAUUUAGCCAUAGAACAAAUACUGUAGGAUGUAAAAUGCCUUAAAACACCAGCAGCUUUAUUUCUGGCCAUGUGUGCGAUGUGUCUGAUUCUGUUGAGUAGGGUGUUGAAUCCUUGUUAUCGCUUUGUUAGUGCUUAUUAGAGCUACCAUGACUACAAAGGCAUAGGGAUUGAAUGUAGAUGACAUGCUAUUCUCUUUACUCUUAAUACUACUUAUGUCUUGAUGUAUGACACCAUAUCAAUAAAGA